AUGAAGGGUGCCACACCCUCCCCCAGUCCGGCGCCCGGGUCGAAAGCUUCGCCCGCACCGAAAUCCACACCCUCUCCAGCCACAGGGAUCAAGCGCAAAAGAGUCCCCGCCGCAAAGUACUAUGCUGUCAAGGCAGGUUUCAAACCGGGAAUUUACUAUGGGUGGCCGGAGUGCUUGGCUCAAAUAACAGGGUUCAAGGGAGCUAUCUUUCAAUCAUUCCUGAGCCAAGAAGAUGCCACCGCAUUCUUGAACGGUGUCAAGCCUCCGUCCGGCGGUGCUACGGAUACAGCCGACAGAUAUUAUGGAAUACAGCGAGGUCGCGUUCCUGGUGUGUACACAGACUGGUCGAAGGCACAGGAACAGAUCCGAGGGUUCACACGUCCGCGAUAUCGCAAAUUUCCGACACGAGAGGAGGCCGAGGAAUUUGUGAGAGAGGGACAGGCACAGCCUCCAGUUGGUUUUGGCAAUGAUGCAAAGAAACCCACUGGCCCGCAUGGCAUUAUGAGUGAGAACCCCAAAGAUGCAGAAGGUGUUGAGUACGCGCCUGGGGAAGGUCCCUUGCCGCCAGAUGCGGAGGACGGGUUUGACCCCAAUGUGCUGCUGGAUUCCACCACUGGGAAAGUGGUCUACAAAACUGCGCCCGAAAAGGCUGCUACCAAGACACAAGCAGCAGGCAUACCAGGAAUGCUGCGGAUAUACACGGAUGGUAGCUCCUUGCGAAAUGGCACACCAUUGGCAUCAGCUGGGGUUGGAGUUUAUUUCGGACCUGGGGAUUCAAGUAGGAACGUGUCGGAGCCACUGAAGGGAAACCGCCAAACAAAUCAACGGGCAGAGUUGACAGCGAUUCUGCGAGCGAUUGAUAUCGCACCUCGUCACCGAGACGUGACCAUUUUUACCGACAGCAAAUACUCCAUCGACUGUGUCACAGUUUGGUUUGUUAACUGGCGGCGUAAUAAUUGGAUGACAAAGGAUAAAAAACCGGUCGAGAAUCGGGAUCUGGUUGAGUCGAUUCUCGUGAAGAUCGAGGAGCGUCAAGAACUCAAAGUCAAAACUUUGUUCCAAUGGAUCAAAGGACAUGCCAAUGACCCUGGGAAUGAGGCCGCUGAUCGACUCGCCGUGAACGGAGCCCACGAGGGUGUUAAACGGAAGGCCGAAGCAUUGCAAGCUACUCGAGACGUACCCGACGAAGUAUUUGAUGACGAUUUCUAA